AUGUAACCACUUCUAGAAUGUUCUGCUGUUUCAUUCUGAAAAGCUAAGUUUGAGAAAAGGUGUGACAAGCUAGAGUGUGACUUAGAAAGUCUGGAGAGUGUGUCAUUUGAAUUGAGGAAGCUAGUUCAAGUAAGAGAUGAUUCCCCAGUUGGGUAUGGUGACCCUUAGGCUAUUGGUGCUGAAGAGCAUCCUGGCUAGACCAUAAAGCCAGACUGCCUGGUGUGUCAUAGGCUUCUGUUCACUGACUGUGUGACCUUGGGCGAGCUACACAGUUACUCUACUCUUCGGUGCCCUGCCUUUCAAAAUGGGGAUAAUAUCCCAGUGCGGUUGAUCAUACCUGCAAUCCCCACACUUGACUGGCCAAGGCAGGGGGAUCUCUAUGAGCUGAAGCCAACCUGGGUUACAGUAAGGUGAGGCCCACCUGAAAACAAAACAAAACAACAAAGAACACAGCUCAGUGGAAGAGCGCUUGCCUAGCACGCGCAAUGGCGUGGUUCAAUACCAAAGCCACAGAUGAGCAAACAGGAAACAUUCCCAUCAUCUAUAUCACCCAUUCUCUGUCACCAUAGCCAGGUACCACAACUUGGGUGGCUUCAACCACAGGAACUUAUUUCUCAGUUCCCAGGGGAAGCUUUCGCCUUGGCUUGCAGACAUCUACCUUCUCCCUGACCCUGUACGUGAUGGAGAGCAAGCAAUUUGCAGUUGUUUCCUUUUCUUACAGAAACACCGGGCCCAUCAUGAGGUGCCACCUUUAUAUGCCUCUCUAAACCUAGCUGUUUCUCAGAGGCCCAUUUCCAAGUGCCGAUGUCAUACCGGGGACAGGGCUUCAACAGUUGCAGUUAGGGUGUCCACAGACACUCACUGCACAACAGCAGUGUUUGCACUGAUGGGCAGAUACGGCAUCAGGAUUGCAGCAGCCCAGAAGGCUCCUUCUUGUGGAUAUAUCACAUGAAAAUUCCAGAGUUUGGUGACAGCAGCGGGCAGAGGAGCUGGUGGCCCCCGAGCUGGUUUAACAAUGGGACCCACAGUUCUCAAGAGGAGGAUACAGAAAGGGGGAAAGGAAAGUGGAGAAACGAGGACCGCAUUGAAGAGCUCCAGCUGUGGGACUGGUUUAACCCAAAGAACCGCCCAGAGGUUUUGACGGUGACCCCAUGGAAGGCACCAAUUGUGUGGGAAGGCACUUUCGACAGAGUUCUGCUGGAAAAGCAUUAUGCCAACCAGAAAAUCACCGUGGGGCUGACGGUUUUUGCUGUGGGAAAGUAUAUGGAUCAUUAUUUGGAAGAUUUCCUGGAGUCUGCUAACAGGUACUUCAUGGUUGGCCACAGGGUCAUAUUUUAUGUCAUGGUGGACGACGCCUCCAGAAUGCCUGUUAUACCCAUGGGUCCUCUGCACUCCUUACAAGUGUUUGAGGUCAAGCCUGAGAAGAGGUGGCAAGACAUUAGCAUGAUGCGUAUGAAGACCAUCGGGGAGCACAUCCUGUCCCACAUACGGCACGAGGUCGACUUCCUCUUCUGCAUGGACGUGGAUCAGGUCUUUCAAGACAAUUUUGGUGUGGAGACCCUGGGCCAGUUGGUAGCUCAGCUCCAGGCCUGGUGGUACAAGGCCGAUCACGACAAGUUUACCUACGAGAGACGGGAACUGUCGGCGGCGUACAUCCCGUUUGGACAGGGGGAUUUUUAUUACCACGCAGCCAUUUUUGGAGGAACGCCCAUUCGCAUUCUCAACCUCACCCAGGAAUGCUUUGAGGGGAUCCUCCAGGACAAGAACAAUGACAUAGAAGCCAAGUGGCACGAUGAAAGUCACCUCAACAAAUACUUCCUUUCCAACAAGCCCACGAAGAUCUUGUCUCCAGAGUACUGUUGGGACUAUCAGAUAGGCUUGCCUUCAGAAAUCAAAAACGUAAAGGUGGCUUGGCAGACAAAAGAGUAUAAUUUGGUUAGGAGUAAUGUCUGACUUCAAAUGUGCUGGCAGGGUUCUAAAUCUGACAGAGAGUUAUUCUGGCUAAAUUCCUCAAAAGAGUAAUAACAGUUGAUUUUUGCCUUAAAAAAUCAAAACCAAAACCCACUGACAUGGCAGACACACAGUAUUUCUUUCCCCUUACAACUGUGAGAAGGAGGCUAUGGUAAGUAAUCAGAUGUAAAUUCGCAGUGAUUUCUUAUAUAUUCUGGGUUUGGGGGAAAUACUACAUAAGCUGAAAUCAAAGUUAAUUUGCCAUAGGUAAACCAAGAUUCAGGACGUUCUGCCCAGUAUAUAGAUAGCUUACUGGAGAGCAGGGUGCCAAGAGAAGUGCUUGGUGACGAGGUGGGCUGAUCGGGGUGGGGGACACCAUCCCCUCGGCUCACUCCCUUCCUGGUUGUGGGAUUCUAGAGCAACACAGAAAAAGACUUUGCAGCAGGAGAACUGUAAUGAGGACCCCGCGUGGUCCUCAGAGGCUUUCCAGCUGAUGCUUCAGGCCGCUUGCAGUGCAGACUCCAUUGGGCUACUGUCUGGCUUCUGUGUGUAAGGAAGGUAGAGAGUGCCAGUGGGUACCACGGUGGCACCUGGUCAGUGUUCCAGUAAAUACAGGGCUGGGCUGGCGACUUAGAGUCUGUGCUAUGCCGAGGGGACACGGCAGGGGGUCAGUGCUUGAACUGAGUUGCAAAUACAGACAGCGUUCUUAAUGGUGCCUAAUAGCAGGACUCCGAAGGCACCCAAGUCACAGUCGGUGUUGAGCACUGUGGAGAGAGGAGUGGGCAGCAGUAGGGAAGGAGAAUGCGGAAGUGGACCCGAUUUCCACUGGAAGAUGCCCUGUCAGCACCGGGUCCUACCACCCCGAACCUCAAGCUUCCUCAGCGCGUCUACUCCAGCAUGGAGGACCGGAAUGAAGGGAAAGCCCUCCGUUGUGUGACCUCAUUUCCCCUGCUCUGUCUGCACUAUCCAAGUGCAACAGCCAGACAGACAUACUGGACAACAUGGGCGACUGACUACAGCAUCGGGAGACCCAGUCACCAUAACUGAGCUGCUAAAUGUCUGGUUCCCUUCUUCAAGGGGAGCUUAACAUCUUCUAUGCCAAUGGUUCUCGAACUGUGGGCCGUGACCCUUACAGUGGUCCCAUAUCAGGCGUCCUGCAUAUCAGAUAUUUACAUUAUGAUUCAUAGCAGUAGCAAAAUCACAAUUAUGAAGUAGCAACGAAUAAUUUAAUAACUUAAUAAAUUAACAUGUGGAACUAUAUUAAAGGGUCCGCAGCAUUAGGAAGGCUGAGAACCACUGCUCUAUAUGGUAACUUAAGCAAAUCAGCAGAAAGGGGGUUGUCAGUCUUUAUUUCCACAUGUACGGAUAUUUAUAUCUUGCUUGACUUCGAGCUGUGUCAUCUGUCUCCAUUUUCAAGCAAUUUAUUUAAAAUGCCGUUGCACUGUCUUGACGUAUGGCGUGAAGGGCUUCAAUAAAAAAACCGGCUUACAUUUUGUUUACAGUGCACCACCUCUUACUCUUCAAUAGUUAAAAAAAAAAGUCACAUACCCAGCAGCAACAAAUUCCCAGAUUUGUGGGGUUUCGAAAGGAAGUGGAGACCACACAUUGGCUAAGGACUCUGCCUCUGUCACUCGGGUCGUGCUGGAUCUGGUCUAAAGUGGGAGAGUUUAAUGUCUUACGUCUUGAACCAAAGAAAUGAUCUGUCCUGAAAGUGUAGAAAAAAAGGCUGAAGGAAUUUUGAGGGAACUUAUUGAUUUUUAAAAAUUAAUCUAAAUUAAAAUCCUUAAGUGAGUAAAUUUAGGGUGUUAUUAAAGGUAAUGUUUAAACAUUUUUUAAGUAAAAAUUCUGGUUUAUAAUUGAAUAAAUUAUUUUUCGGUA